AUGGACGUUCACUUUGUGGAUCGCUACGGUCGACGACAACCUCUAAACUACGAGUUGUUACAAAAUGUGCUUGGAGAUGGGUGUCAGUCAGACCUGGACAUAUCGGAUGAGGAGACAGAAUCGACUGUCAAUGUACAUCGACUACUAGAUGAUGAAGGUGAUAUACCCUCAGAGAUUCCACCAGGUAAUCAUAACAGCGACAGUGAGUCAGAUCAAAAUAUGACUCUGACAGAGCUACAGUACAGAAAUCAGGAGAACUUACCCCCACCUGCAAACUCCUGCCACCUUGAAAUGCCUAAUAGUCAGGAGGCACAAAUAAAACCUAGAAUCUGA